UCUUCUGAACUGCAUUGCAGUGCACCCACUCUUGCUUUUCCGAGUUGUAGAGAAACGAUGGCUCAGGGAAGAUGCAGUGCAAUGGCUGCCACGGUUCUGCUCUGCUUGUUGUUGCUCCACUUUGAGUCGGUUAGAUCGGCAACUUUCACCGUCGGAGGUAGCGGUGGCUGGACGUUUAACGCCGCUGCUUGGCCUAAAGGCAAGCGUUUUAAGGCUGGAGACACACUCGUGUUCAAUUACAACCCUUCGAUCCACAACGUGGUAGCUGUAAACAGAGGCGGAUAUAAUUCAUGCAAAGCACCAAAAGGUGCUAAAGUUUUGAGCUCGGGCAGGGAUCAGAUCAAGCUCAGAAAGGGCCAAAACUUCUUCAUCUGCAAUUAUAUUGGUCACUGUCAAGCUGGAAUGAAAAUAGCAAUCGUUGCUGCCUAGUCUGAGAUUCAGCCACUCCCAUGAUUUCAUCAGUUUGCUUUAAGUAUUAAAAGUUGUCAAAAAUGUAUACCCUACUGUUAGCUUUGCUCUGUUGAGUGGGUAGUUAGUGGUCCAAAUCUAUAAUAAUCAUAGUUUAAGUGGAAAUCUUGAUGAGUGAUGCUUUGUGACUAAGGGUCCCUUUGCAAUAAAAUAAAGGGUAAACUACAAUUUUAUCA